AUGUCCCAGUCGCUGCGCCUUGACAAGCUGUUUGACGUUCGUGGUCGUAUUGCCCUCGUCACUGGCGGGGGUACAGGCCUCGGAUGGAUGAUCGCUGAAGGCCUCGCUGUGAACGGUGCACGUGUGUAUAUCACCGGCCGCCGCAAGAACGUGUUGGAGCAGGCUGCUGCCAAGUUUGCGCAAGAGAACAAAGGCGACGGCUCCGUCACAGCGAGGAAUGGUCUGAAGAGCGUUGUCAGACUUGUUAUGGACGUCACCGACAAGGCUAGUAUCUUGGCCGUGCAUGAUGUAAUAAAAGCCCAGGAGGGCAGGCUGCAUAUCCUCGUUAAUAAUGCGGGAAUUGCUGGACCAUUCGCAACGUUCUUCAACGACCCGAGCGCGCCGGAGCACAAAGAUGCGGAGACGCUCGGAUGCGCACUGUUCGACAGUGCCUCAUUCGAAGAUUGGGCCAACGUCUACACCAUUAACACCUUCUCCGUCUACUUCGUGACGACCGCGUUGCUCGGCUUGCUGGCGAAGGGAAGCGAGGAUGUUCCAGGGUAUACGUCUUCUGUGAUAAACCUUGGGAGUAUUAGUGGCAACACGAAGCUAGCGCAGAACAAGUUCGCGUAUAACUCGACAAAGAGUGCUACCACGCACUUGACCAAAAUGCUUUCCACUGAGUUCGCGCUGAAGAAGAUACCCAUACGUGUCUGCAGCGUCGCGCCCGGUGUCUUCCCGUCCGAGUUAACCGACCCAAUUAUAACGCCGGAUUUGGUAGAGAAGCAUGCGAACGGUAUCAUACCCGUGCCCAUGGGCAGGGCUGGGACUGCUCAAGAGAUGGCAGGAACCGUGAUCUAUCUUGUGUCUCCUGCUGGGUGCUACACGACAGGAGAAGAAAUUUUGACUGAUGGCGGCUACAUUGCUGUGAAUCCUUCUAUGCGAUAG